AUGGACAACAAGCUGAAUCCUCAAAAUGACCCGAAUCGACAAUCUGUAGAUGGCCCGCGCCACGCUGAGACCACGAAUCAUGGGCCUUCUUCCCUUUUCCCACAAAGUGCACUUGGCGGAGGAACGUCGUUUUGGUCUGAGAGCGUUGUUGUUAUGCCAGACCAGCCUCUGGCUUCGUCUCAAGCUGUGAUGAAUUGGGGACAGAUCCCACAGAAAUCGCUCAUCGAUGACGCGACACAGACUACCUCUGGCUUCAAUUCUCACACGCAAUGGAGCACACAAUCGGUAUUUGAUGAUGGCAACCGUCCUCAAACCUCUGAUUCAGAAGUAAUAGCAAAACUGCUCGAUUGCCUGCCCUUAUGGAACACCCGCAACAGAAAGCGUUCCUCAAAGCUGAGGACCAAGUUCAUGGGAAUUCUACAAGAUUACCCCGAUGUAAAUCUUAAUAAGCUGGUCAAUGGCAAGGCCUUGUUACACGCUGUAUGCCGACAAAGCAAGGUUGACGUGCUCGACUUACUCCUUCAAUCACCACAUAUCAAUGUCAACAUUCGAGACGGCCACAAAUCUCAAACUCCUCUGCAUGUUGCAGUCACUCAAGGAACACUAUCAUCAGUCGAGCAGCUCCUUAACGUGGCCGAAAUUGACGUGCAAGCGGAGGAUGCAGACGGCUAUAUUGCUGUGCAUUAUGCAGCAAACAGUGCGAUGCCGACGGCUGAUACGUGGUCAUUGGAAAAAGAGAUAAAAGAUUACAGCCGCGUCUUUCUUCAGCUCUGUCGAGAUGGAGCUGUCAAUGCCAAGACACCAGAGAGAAGAGGUCCUCUUCACCUUGCCGCGGAAGCUGGAAACAUUCCGGCCUUGAACGUUCUUCUAGCACAACCCGACCUGGAUAUCAACAUGAAAGAUGUGCAUGGGGACACAGCACUCCAUUUAGCUAAAAAUGACGAAGUCAUUGAUUUGCUAUUGGACAAGGCUCUGGACGCCAAUGUUCAAAAUAUUGACGGAAACACGGCCUUGCACUGCGAACUAGCGCGGCGCUUGAUGGUGUUGACCCAGCCUCUUUUCACACACACGAGACUGGAUGCAGACAUGCCAAACAAGAAAGGAGAGCAAUUGAUGCAUAUCGCAGCCGCCCAACGUUCCAUUGAUGUGUUUAAUCACUUGGCCGCAACACCGCCGUCCGGAAACAUAAAUAUGCAAACUGAAAGCGGAGAGACGGUAUUACAUAUAGCAAUUCAGGCUGAAAACACCGACUUUGUCAAGCAUCUACUUACUCUACCCAAUAUCGAUGUCAACGUUCGGGAUGAAAGACUUCAAACGCCGCUGCACUUGGCGUGCGAGAAAGGGAACAUCAACAUUGUCAAUGAUCUACUGACUUUUCCAAGAAUCGAUGUUAAUAUCAAAGAUCAAAGGCUCCAAACACCACUGCACCUGGCAUGCGGAAAAGGGCACACCGAAAUCGUCAAGGAUCUGCGAAGUGUUUCAAGCAUUGAUGUAAACGCUCAGGAUGAAAAAUCUCGGACACCAUUGCACCUGGCAUGCGAAGAAGGGCACAUCGACAGUGUCCGUAUAUUGCUGGACCAUGCACAUAUCCUUGCCCAAGCCCGAGCCACGGAUUGCCGCCACAUCGCCAGCGGACUGGCUUCCGGAACACAAAUUGUGUGCGAUUCGCUGCCAAUCACAUUGGACAUAGAUCAGCGAGUCCCAGAUAGCGGUGCAACUGCACUGCAUUUUGCCGCCCAUGGAGGUCAUCUGGAAACAGUCUUCAUUCUCCUUGAGCAUGGUGCAAACCCGCAACUCACUUGCAGAAGCUUUGUCAACCCAAGCAACGCUGUCGAGCCCGACGCCGCUGGUGUGGCCACUAAGAUCGAGGUUAUUGACUUGAUCCGGCGCUAUCGAUGGCGAUCAAUAUCACUAAACCCAGAUCCCCCAUCUCCCGCUCAAGAGGCCUUGCUAGAAACUCAUGCGAGUGGUGUCUACGUUGUCUGGGAGUGGCCAAGAGCCGAGCAUUCGUUGAAUGAGCACAGCAGAAAUCCGAGACGCAGAAGGCAAAGAAUUUUCCCCGACGUCAGCUCGAUAAAAAGGAUGAAGGGAUAUGAUGGCCGCUACAAGAGAGUUUUUGAAAAGGAGCGAGAAACCAAGUGGGUUCACUUUUCCGCGCAGAACGACUUCUGCAGACUGAUGUAUUCUUAUGACUCACUCCGUUCUGAGGGUAUGGACGUAUUGACUUUUAUUGAUGAUACAUUUGACCAAGGAAGCACAAGUGGAAUUUCCAAUGAGGAUCUUUAUCGAGAGCACUGUGUCAACGUUUCAAACCUUUCCGUGGUUACGGGUCAGGAGACAAUCGAGGACUCUUCGACACCGCGGAAAAGCAGCAUCACCUAUAGCGGCGGAGAAGCAGGGCACGAGGUUCAGCAUUACUCUGUCGCUGACAUAGUAAUACCACUCAUUGAUAUCGACAUGAUGAGUCCUGGAUUUGUCUCGAAUGACAUCUCAUACGUCCAUAACAACAAUGGCCGACCAUCAGUAUUGACCAUGGAUCCUUAUGAGAGCCAGGGACUCAACGUCAAAGAACAAAGACAUGUUGAGAUGAUGAAAUCAUUUCAUUCUGCCUUCAAUGCCCAACGAGCAAGAACUCUGGACCAUUAUUUUCAUCGUGACCUUGCUGACACAGAUUUGCAAAUGGUCAAUGCUGAGCAGGUUGUGUCUCGCUUCAUUCAUUAUGAGCAGGCAAAACGAGAACCGUGUUCGAGGCAGCAUAAUAUUUGCAACGACAAGCUACGUCUCAAACCACGCAGUAGGGGCUACUCAUUGACCAAAGUUCUCAAAAAGCCAAUGGGGACGACUGCAGCUGAUUUGGAAAAUGCAUGGGUUGACGAAGGACGCGAAAAGUCGAAUAUCAGAUCUGAACCUUCUCGACAAUUCGUCCUUGUUGUCCCUCAAAUUUGGCUGUGGAAAAUUGACAAUGUCCUGAUCACCGCGUUUCCGGCCAAAUGGGACUCUUCCAACAUGCAUUCAGCCCCGGAGUAUAUCAGAUCUCGGGUCGAGAUGCAAAAGGAGGAUGUGAGCUCGGACAAGCUGCUGCAUGAGAUCUUAGUGGCGUGCUUGGAAUAUCAACCCACUUUCUCGCUUUUCGGACGGCAGCUCACUUAUCAGGACGCAUUCUCUGGAGAGAUUUCGAGAAUUGUGAGUCUUUAUUGGUCAACUACCAUCCCAUCCUACAGCCACUGCGCUAAGAAGAACCCAAUGCAGUCGCGUGAUAUCGAUUAUUGUUACAAAAGCUUCCGAAAUGACCUUGGAAAGUCCGAUGACAGGUUUCUGGAUUCCUUCAGAACGGCAACCACAUCUUUGCUGGACAUCGAUGACGUCCUCAACGAGCUGACCAUGAUCAAGCGAGUUUAUCAGAACCAGGCUCAAGUAUGGGAGGAUAUGCACAAGGACCAGACCUUAGCAAUGGAAUGCAGUUGUCGCCCAGACCAUGCCCCACGUCGGUUGUACACCGUGAUGACAAGACUCGAAGAGGACGCACAGAGGGUUCGAGAGUCCGUCGUCACUCUUUUGCAAUUGACACAAGGCUCAGCGAGCACUGAGAAUGCUUUGAAAGCAUCAGAACAGUCCAAGAUUCUGGCCAUUUUUACCGUGGUGACCGUUAUAUUCACGCCGCUGUCGUGGAUUGCUGCACUCUUUGCUCUGAAGAUAGAAAGCUUCCAUGCUGAGGAGGCAUGGACAUCUGGGCAGGUUGCUGGUGGCUCGAUCAUUUGUCUUGUAGGUACGCUCAUUCUGUGCGCGUUGGGCUGGAAAUGGUUGAAUCGUGAUCGCGCGGCCGGUGAACAGGGCGACGGGCUACGAUCAGAGCGCCGCACAUGCAGUUCGUGA